UGCAAUCUUUAAGAUUACUUACAACAGAACAGCAAAGUAUUUUAUGGACGACCAUUUCAUGAACCUAGGAGAGAAGGUCAUUCUGACUUUUCUAAGACAAUCUGGUGCUUUUGAAUCAGCUACUUCUAACAUUAACAAAGCAAGAGAGAACAGAGAGAAGGAAACAGGGAUGAACAGAAAGUGAUAGAGACACUGAGCAAGUGUGGACCACUUUUACAGUUCAUUCAUCUACCAGGCUUGGAGUGGUCUGGAUGAUAGAAGGAGAGGGCCGGUGUUUUCUCACAGGUGACAUUUGAUGUAUGACAACCUAACCAUGCUGAACUUACAAAACGGCUCCAACUGGACCGGCCCAAACAACUGGUACCACCCGCCCGACAGCAUCACUCCCCAACACAGAACAGAUGGUUGUGUGGAAGAUCUGAAUGUGCAGAUGGCCGGAGCAAGGGAAGGAGUGGUGCAGGGAGAGAGGGAUGAGGUGGACGAGUCGCAGCUACACUUACAGCUAAAGAGGAAGCUGCAGAGGAACCGCACCAGCUUCACUCAGGAGCAGAUCGAUGCCCUGGAGAAAGAGUUUGAAAGGACUCAUUACCCAGAUGUCUUUGCUAGAGAGAGACUGGCUGCAAAGAUUGAUCUUCCAGAGGCCAGAAUUCAGGUAUGGUUCUCUAAUCGGAGAGCUAAGUGGAGAAGGGAGGAAAAGCUGAGAAACCAGAGGAGAUCAGGGGGCACCAGUACCUGUCCUCAGACACAUACUCCCCUGAGCACGUCCUUCGCCUCCCCAGUAUAUCAUUCCCAUCAUAUCAACAGCUCAGGCUCAAUGCACAGUCGGAGUGAUUCGUCUCUUUCAGGCUAUAGCUCUCUGUCUGUCUUUUCCAGUAUGCAGUCGUUGCCCUCCCAGUCCACUCCAACUUACUCCUGCAUGUUGCCUCCUUCUCCUUCAGCCCUCCCCCCUCUUUCCCGUAAAUUUGACUCCUCAUCUUACACCUCUCCCCACCUCCCUCCCCCACCCACGGCCAGCGCGAACACAGGAUUCUUUCCUGGCGUUUCUGCAGCAGGGCAGACUGCAGUUCAAGGCGGCGAUCAGGAGCUGGGACAAGGUCUGAGUCAGUACUGGACGAGACUGCAGUGAAAACAGACCUUAUCAUUAUCAGACAUAACCAGCAGAGCUUCAAUCAGCAACUUUGAGCAAAUUAUUUAACAAAAAAAAAAAAGUGUCAGGAAGCCCUAAUUAUUUAGAUUAUGUACACAUCAGGGAAGCAGUCUAUGUA